UUUUUUUUUUUAUAAAGUAUAAAUAUUUUUUUUAUAUUUAAAAAGACUGCAAUUUUGUAAUUCUAUUAUUUGAAUUAUAUUAAUUAUUUAUCAUUCUUUUAAAAACCGUAGAAUGGGUUAUCCUUGGUAUAAAAAGGGCUGCUUGCCCCUUGGAUAAUACAGCGAAGAAAAAGAUUCCUAGAAAUUAUCUGAAUUGUCAUUGCUUUUCUAUGAGCGCCAACCUUCUUCGCCCACUCCCAAACCUCAGCUGGUGUCGCAUAAAUUCAUCCAUCAUUCAUCAAUGCAUCAACUUUAGCCAAAAUGUCAUCGAACUCAAACAAAUUCACUGCCUUCUGAUCAAAUCUCCAGCCGAACCCCAUCGUGUCCGCCCUCUCUUGGCCAAGUUACUCAACCGGCUGCUUCGGCUUCCACCCGACAAUCACUUCUAUGCCCGCCACCUGUUCGACGAAAUACCCAACUGUACAAAUCAGUUCACUUGGACCUCUCUCAUUUGCUAUUAUGUUCAGCAUUACCAUUUUGGCCAAUCCAUAUCCUUGUAUGCUAGAAUGCAGCAGGCAGGCGUUCUGGAAUCUGCAUUCACCUUCUCAUCGGUGCUCUCAGCCUCCGCUCGUAUGCCCGCGAUAUGUGAAGGAAGACAAGUUCACGCAAGGAUCAUGCAGUUGGGUUUCUUGAGUAACAAGAUUGUGCUAACUUCGCUGAUGGAUAUGUAUGCUAAAUGUGGAUUCAUGCUGGAUGCUAGGAAUGUGUUUGUUGCAAUAGAUGAUAAAGAUAUUGUUGCUUGGACUUCUUUGAUUCGUGGAUAUUCUAAGCUGGGAAUGAUGGAUGAUGCACAGGAGUUGUUUGAUAAAAUGGAGCAGCGGAAUUCAUUUUCUUGGGCAACUAUGGUGGCUGGGUAUGCCAACUGCGGCAACAUGAAAGCUGCAAAGCAGUUGUAUGAUGCAAUGCCAGAGCAAAAUCCUGUUUCACGGCUUGCUAUGAUAGCGGGUUAUGGGAGGUGCGGCGAUGUAGCAGAGUCCAAAAGGAUCUUCGGUGAAAUAUUGGUACCAGAUUCAUCGUGUUGUGCGGCAAUGGUGGCUUGUUAUUCUCAAAAUGGGUAUGCAAAAGAGGCCAUUGAACUGCAUAAGAAAAUGAAAGAAGAAAAUUUGGAAACCAAUGAGGUAGCGUUCGUAGGAGCGAUAUCGGCUUGUGUUCAACUUAGGGAUGUCGAGAUGGGAAGCAAAUUAAUUGACCAGGUUGAAGAAGGUUGCUGUGAUCGGACUCUCUUCGUCUCCAACGCAUUGAUCCACAUGCAUUCGAAGUUCGGUAAUAUAGAAAAGGCACGAGAAGAAUUUAACAGAAUGAAGGAUAGAGAUGUUGUAACUUAUAGUACGUUGAUCACAGCCCUGGCUGACCAUGGAAAAGCCAUAGAAGCAUUGGAUCUCUUCUCCAAGAUGGAAGAAGAAGGCAUAAAGCCAAAUCAAGUUUGUUUCACUGGUGUACUAAAUGCAUGUGGCCAUGCAGGGAUGAUUGAACAAGGAUGCAAGUAUUUUGAACUAAUGAGUAAGGAUUUUGGAAUUGAGCCGCUAAAGGAGCAUUAUGCCUGCAUGGUUGAUCUCCUUGGAAGAGCUGGUGAGGUUGAAAUGGCAUACAGUCUUAUUAAGGGUAAGGUGAGGGAAAUUGAUGCUAAAACAUGGGGGUCAUUGCUAGGAGCUUGCAAGAUCCAUGGUAAUUUGGAGCUGGGUGAGAUUGCUGCUAGACAUCUAUUUGAAAUGGAACCUGAGAAUACAGGAAAUUAUGUACUUUUGGCGAAUACAUAUGCUCAGAUGAAGGAAUGGAAUGAAGCAGAAAAGGUUAGGAACAUGAUGGUUGAAAAAGGGAUCAGAAAAUUUCCAGGGUAUAGCUGGAUUUCAAGAUCUUCGUGAAACGGAAACUUAAAUUCUUGACAAGGUUGUACAACAUAUAGAAUAAGGUCGUAAAUUCUUCUCCUGACCUAAUUCAUUGUUCUUAGGGUUUGUGUAUAUGAAUAUUUGGCAAGUCAGAAUUAGUAGAAAAAUUAUGUAAUUAGAAAGCUCAUAUAAGGCAACAUGUUCUUAAAUUUAUAACGGUAACACCUUGAUUCUAAUUCAUGACAAGAACAAAUGAUUCUACUGACAAUUAGCUAUGAUGUAAGAAGAAUAGAGUUGAUUGAGUAAUUGGAUAAUAGUAAGUUAAUUCCCUUUUUACUCCCAUUUGUAUUAAAACUUUAUAAAUAAGAGUCUUCCCCAUCAUGUAUGGACAAUGAAUGAAUAAUACUUUUCCUUUGAGAAUUCUCCAACAUUCAUCCAAGCCUACUCUUUGGAACUCCCCCAUAAAAGCUGUGUUAAUUUCUUAUAUCAAUAUAUUAUAAACGCAAUGCUAUAAGAGCACAAACUGGUAAGAAUUAGACAGUAAUAUGAAUGGGUGAUUCGAAUUCCAACCAUAUCAUCAAGCCAAAAUAUAAAACUUUUGGCAUAUCUUUCAUAAUUUUUAAAAACAUGGAAUCGAAUUGUAGUUCUAGUACAUCUUAACAUCUAAAAUACAAAGGAUUUCUUAUCAAUAACUUCCAAUUAUACAUUGUGGUCUAAGAAAGAUUUGCCGAUGUUGAGCAGGGCCCGGUGAAAGCAACAUAAUAAAUCACA